UUGUAUGAACUUGGCCCAUCAGCCGAAACCUUUCACAGUGCUCGAGACUAUCCACCAAAUGCCGAUUUUCACGUAAAUGAAACCCUUGGACCGAAGCCUCCGCCGGCAGGGGUAUUUGACAUCUCCAACUGCAUCUUCAAGAAGAAACGCAGGGUUCCGCUUUUCCUUUCCCUGCCUUACUUCAACAAAGCCGCUGUGGAAGUCCGUGACAAAAUUAACUUCAUUGGUGAACCAAAGCAAGAUCUUGAAUUUACCCUGAAUGUUGAACCGUUCCCUGUGCUGAAAUACAACAACAUGCACGAAUUUUACAAAGAAGCAGAUACCUUUGCGCCGACCAAGUAUUUAAUUGCUCUUUCUGUUGAAUAG